ACCACCCCCUCCCAGUCUCAUCCCGUCCACGCACAACAACACGGCUCCAUAACACCGCUGGGCACGGACUGUUACGCCGUAGCAGGGCACCAUGGCCGCGGAGCUGCCCGGGGAGAGGAGCUGAGCAGCGGGCCGGGAGACCAGAAUAUCCAAAGAGCAAACAGAUUGGUCAAGAUAAAGUUCUAAUGAAAAUCACAACUUGCCUUACACUUCCACACUUCUAAUUGGACAAUGUCUCCCACAGCCACCAAUGCUUCUGGUGUGUAUCCAGAAGACACUCCUGGACUUGUAUGUUUGCCUCCUCUUUCAGAUGAUCUUCAGUUGAUUUGGACUCAGGCAGAGCUGACCAGUGAGUUGGAUGAUAAUCCACAGCUUAUCCACACUUUUAGUUACUUUCCCUAUCCUACAAUGCCAGAGAUUGCUUUGCUUUGCUUACGAUAUGGACUACAGAUGGAAAAAGUGAAAGCCUGGUUUAUGGUACAACGUAUUCGCUGUGGUAUCAGCUGGUCUUCAGAGGAAAUUGAAGAGACACGUUCACGUUUGCUAUACAAUCAGGAUCAGCUACAUUUCAAGCCCCUGAUGGCAGCAGCCAAGAAGUCUAAUGUAUUCAGAAAUUUAGAAAAGCCUCCAGUUCCUUCACCAAAGCGUGAUGCGGAGCAAGUAACACUUCCACACUCUCCUUGUUUGUCCUCAGGUGAUGUGGCCCCGGAAGCCAAAAAACUAAGAUUAAAUGACAUAUCGCCUGAGGGGCAUGGAAAAAACACUACAGAACUUAACAAUGAACAAAAAAAGAAAAGCCCACGCCAUGACCCAAUAGGCAUCUACAUGCACUACAAAACAUCUACUGACCAGUCUCCUGAACCAAAACAGAUACUGAGAAACCAAGUCAAGUAUCCUGCAGAAACAUAUGUGUUUGUACCAGUUGAGACUGAAAAGAACUCCUCUGUGUCUUCUCCUGCCACAGAUGAGGAAGCCUGUAAAAUAUUGUCUUCAUCUUGGAAUAUGGAUGAUUCCAAGGAAAUGCAAGCUCAUGGGUCUAAUGAGACUGGUGGUGGAACUCUCAGAGAAGACUAUUACACUCGAGUUAUGCGACGACAGCGAAAAACCAAAGAACAGUUGGCCAUACUGAAAUCCUUUUUUUUGCAGUGCCAGUGGGCUCGUCGUGAAGACUACAGACAGCUGGAGGAAAUAACUGGGUUGCCAAGGGCAGACAUCAUCCAGUGGUUCGGAGAUACACGCUAUGCACUUAAACAUGGACAACUUAGGUGGUUCCGUGAUAGUACCCAAGAACGCCCCAAAUGGCUGGAUGAACCACAGCAUCAUGUGAAUCAAAAUGGAAGGCAUGGUGAACAUACUUCUGGAGAACAUGCUAGAGUUGUAACUUUGGCUCCUGAUUUAGGAACCCCAGAAUCAGGAAGUAGGCCUGCAGUUAAAAUGUUAUUAAAGUCAUCAGAACAUUCUAUGACUAGUACACCAGUAGUAAAAUUAAAGGAACCAUCGAGUCCAUGCUCAGGAAAAACUAUGCAAAAAGUUCCAGAAAUUGAUGCUGAUAGGUUUGCAACUACUUCAGGGACACCAAAAUCUGCACAUAAAUUAAUAUCAACUUCCACUAUAGUAGCCUCGUCAGAGCCUACUUAUCAGGACCAUAAUCUACCUGCUUCCCAAAAAAAGUAUGAUGUAUUGGACAGAUACUGGUCUACUCAUCAUUGCAUACGUGAGGAAGACUUACUGUCACUUGUAAGAAAAUCUGGUUUAAGUCGAAAGGAGAUAUUAGAUUGGUUUUGUCAAAAAAAUAAAGAACCUGCUGAAGUGGAGGUAUGUCUGGAUGAAGAAGACGACGAGCUGACAGAGCAGGAAGAUGAAGUGGUUAUCAUUCAGGACUAGUAUAAUUAUUACAAACAUAUAUUUUUCUUAGGAAUGGUCUAUUUGAAUAAGGCUACAUGCACACGAAUGUUGUUUGUUUUUGUGUCCGGUCAGUUUUUUUUUGCUUAUAGGAUGCGGACCCAUUCAUUUUAAUG